AUGGGAAAUGUGGAAGAGCUACUAAGGGGAGUGAAGCUGUUUGAAAUCAAACAGCUAAAGAAUUACUGUGGGGAAUAUAUGCAAGCUUUCCUCAACAAGACCAACUGUUUUAGGGUUUUAAAAAUGGCUGAGAACCAUGAUCUGCAAGAGCUUGCUGAAACAGCCUACAAAGUUACCCGAGAUCAGUUCUUCAGCCUUGCCGUGCGCAAAGACCUCUUAGCUACCCCAUACAAUGUAUUUUCCAGGCUGAUUAAAGAUGAGAAGCUGCAUGCUCAAAAUGAAGAUCAUGUGUUCUUGACCGUGCUCCAGUGGACCAAGCACAUGCCAAACAGGGUGAAACAUUUUGAGAAGCUCUUCUCACACCUCCAUCUGAGCAAUGUUUCAAAUCACAUUCUGCUCAAGCUCAGCAAGGAGGAGGACCUCAUCAAGAACAAUGUGGCCUGCAUUAACAAAAUUAUGGAAGUGGUAGGACAUAAGAAGACAGAUGGCCUCAGAGACAUCAAUGUGUCUCAGAGGAAGGAGACUCUGAUUGAAGUGGUUCUCGUUCUGGGUGGACACAAAAUCGACGGCCAUUUCAGCAACAAAGUAUAUGCUUAUUUGAUCAGAGACAACAGGUGGGUAAAAGUGACUGACAUGCCAUACAAUGCAGCUGCCCUUGGUGCUGUUAGCUUAGGAAAGUACUUGUAUGUGACUGGAGGGACUAAUAAACUAAAUCCCAGCCUGAAAGCAGCAUGGAGAUAUGAUUUGGAUAAAAACAUAUGGAGCAAAAUGCCAGACCUACCUGUCGGUCUGGUUUUCCACACCAUGGUGGCCUGCAGAGGAUCUAUAUUCACAGUAGGGGGCAGCAUAGCCGCCAAAAAAUACAUCUCUACCAUCUACAAGUUCGAUGAGGAAAAGGACAGGUGGGUGACUGUAGGCAAUAUGAGUGUUCCAUUGGACUGUGCAGAGGCUAUUCCCAAGCACAACAACAUCUAUAUUGUCACUGGGAGAUGCAUGGUAAAUGACAAGAUCAGCAGGGUGGGGGUUGUGGAUUGUUUCGACGUCACUGGUGGAAUAGUAAAGAAAUGUCUCACUUUCCCAAUUGAGUUCAGGCACAGGCCUCUAGUUUCAAUCCAUGACAGGGACAUGAUCAAAUUACAGAGCCACAAGCAGAGCUUGGACAUCAACAUGCAGAAAUUGCAGAGGCGCAUGCGAUCUUUACUUUUGGAGGCUGGCCGGGACGCUGACAGCUGA